UACAAAUAUUCUGACUAGAAGUUAAGGGGAGCCGGCAGCCUUUUCAGGAGACGGCAAUAUAAAGAGGUCAAGUUUGAAAUAGAAGAAUUUAUUCAAGGCCCCGUUAUACGUCACAGGCCUUCAAAACAGUUUGUUGCUCAAGGAGACUUCAAUUGGAUCUCGUCUUAUGUUUUUACUGAGGAAAUUACCCACCUCUUACUUCUGGUAGUGUUGCUGUUUAACAGGAAACCUUCAGUGCUGCAUCAAAGCUUCAGCAGCAAGAGAAAAGAGGAGACAAGUUCGUACUGCUGAGUGCUUCUCAGACAGCGAGCAGAGCCAAAGGGAUGAUGAUGGGGAUGAGAUGGACCCUCUGCAGACUCUCCUGCUUGGUGACUCUGUUGGUGGAGCUGAGCUGGAUCAACGGGGGCCACAGCAUGCACAGAGAGGGAGGGAGUUGGGGAAUGAAGCAGUGGGAACAAAAGGUGCGAUCAGCCUCCAGCCUGGAUGAGCUGCUGAGGCUCGCAGACUUUCCUGACUGGAAGUUAUGGAAAUGUCGUCUGAGGCUGCAGCAGCCAGAGACCCCCUCCUCUCUGCCUUUAGGAGGGUCACACCGCUCCACACGCUACGCAGCCGAAUCUUACAGCCUGGAGAUCCUUAAAGCCAUAGAUGAAGAGUGGCAGCGGACUCAGUGCAUGCCAAGGGAAACGUGCAUUGACGUGGCCAAGGAGCUGAGCACGGACCCAUCAAUGUUCUUCAAGCCGCCUUGUGUGUCCGUCCACAGGUGCAGUGGUUGUUGCAAUCAAGAGGGCAUCACCUGCAGAAACACAUCGACCGUGUACGUGAAUAAAACUGUGCUCAGUGUCAUUCCAUUCAACUUUGUACCUGAACCUGUGUUAAUAAAAGUGGCUAAUCACACAGAGUGUAGGUGCUUGGAGCCCGCCAUAAUAAGACGUAAUGCUCAGCCUCACAGGAGCAGUGGCUGCUCUCCCACGAGCCAGCUCUCAGCGUCGGAGGACUCCAGGAGACUUUGUGCCAGUGGGUUGAUCUGGGAUUGUUCCGCUGACAGAUGCAUACCUUACCCUUCCAGUACACCAGAGUUGCCACUCAGUUCUUGGAUGCCUGACUGUGAAAUAGAUGUGGAGCGCUGCGACUGUCUUCCCAGACCUGUGCCAACCCAGGAGCCGAGACGGACUCAACGCUGCCAAUUCAACUCUUCCAUCUGUGCUCACAGGAAGCAGCAUUUCGAUCAAGCCUCCUGCAGAUGCAGAUGGCCCAAGUAGAAUUCCACCGGGGAAACAAAUGAUGACAACCUGCUCAGAAGUGAAGGCAGAGAAAAAAGGCUCAUAAUUUAUUUACAGUCCUAUUUAUGCGGAUCACUUUAACUAAUUAAGAUGAUAUUAACUCACAAGAUUGUGUUAAUUGAUUUUACUUUAACAUUCUUACGUUAUGUCUCAAUCAAUGUGUCAAGUUUGUUUUGUACAUUUGUUCUUUGUGCACUGAAUAUGUAGUUUAUAUUAAAAGAUUAUUUUUAUAAUUUGAAUUUGCUAUGAAUGUAUGAGUUAUUACUGAACUCCUUUUUUUGUCUUGGGCUUCUCAUGAAUGAAGCUGUUGAGUAAACAAUACCCAGUUAAUCUUGUCACUCCUGAAAUAUAGUAAGGAUACUGUAACUGAGACCAUUCAGUCUAUAAAAAUGAUUCACCCUCUGGAAGUUUUCAUGUUUUACAUCCAGUCAAAAGAGAUUUAACCUGUUUGUUAACCUGAUUCUUAAAUCUCUGAGUAAAAGUUGAACUUAAGCUGGA